UAAAGAUGGCGACGUCUGUAGCCGGAGAGGGGCAACCAAGUCUGAACGGGAUUAUUGCUGACUCCCACACCAAAAAACUGACCGACCUGCCGACCGAGUUGCUUGAACACAUCCUGUGCUUCCCUGUCCUCAAACAUGUCGACAUUUGUAACGUUUCCUGCUGCUGCAAGCGGCUACACGACGUCUGCCAUGGAAGGGGGAAGGUCUGGGGACACCAGUACAAACUCAGAUGGCCAAGACUGCAGAGGUUUUACCGUCAGAAUGAGUGCUGCGACUGGCUCAGAGAAUACAAAACACGCCAUCGGGUUGGUAUUCAAAUAAGAAGGACAGUGGAAUCAAUCUCAAAGAGAUUCUUCACCGAAGUCCCUUGCGUUGGCCAGGUGCUGGGAGACAGCUUUGCAGAGAUCGAGUCGCUCGGGAUGCCAGAGCACUUUUGUGAAGACGAGCUCCUCUUCAUACUCAACACUGACAAGAGGAAAAGCUUGACUUUGAAGUACUAUGCAAAGAAAAUCCUUUACUUCCUGAGACAGCAGAACAUCCUGAGGAGUCUGAAGACCUUCCUGGAGCAGCCUGCAGAGCAGCAAUCAGCUCUAGAGGGUGCUGUACUGGUGGAUCAGUAUUGCAACCCACUGGCGGAGGUAACCCUGGACAGCAUAUCAGCCCAGGUGGAUGAGAUCGCGGAAAAAGUGAAGAAGAUGCUGAGGAUCAAGAACCCGUCUCACCCGAGUCUGCGAAUCGCUCAAGGUGACUGCUUUGUCGUAGAGGACUUUGAUCUCCAGAGGCAGGUGGUGUGUGCUCUAAACUCAGUCUUGUAUGAGCAACUUCAGUACAAAGGCAACGAGUUUGACUACUACAAUCCCCUCAACUCUUACAUCCAUCAGGUGCUACUACGCCGUACAGGCAUUCCCAUAAGCCUCUCUGUGCUCUACAUGACAUUGGCCCGGAAGCUGGGUGUUCAGCUGGAACCUGUCAACUUCCCUAAUCACUUCCUGCUGCGCUGGUGCCAAAACCCAAGAGGGAGCGAGGACAUCUAUGACUUUGUCUACAUCGACGCCUUUGGUAAAGGCAAGCAGUUGACGGCCAAGGAGUGCGAGUACCUCAUUGGCCACCAGGUGACGGCAGAUUACUACAGUGCCAUCAGCACCACGGAGGCGCUCCUCAGGAUGGUGGGAAACCUGCUUAACAUUGGCAAGAGAGGGGAGGGCAAUGAGAAAUCCUACCAGCUGCUGAGGGACUCUCUGGACCUCUACCUCACUAUCAACCCAGAUAACGUGCAGUACCUGCUGCUGCAGGCGCGCCUCUACUUCCACCUGGGCAUCUGGCCAGAAAAGGUUCUGGACAUCCUGCAGCACAUCCAGGCAUUGGAUCCCUCCCAGCAUGGGGCCGUGGGUUACCUGGUGCAGCACACGCUGGAGCACAUCCAGCACAAGAAACAUCCUGUGACACCUGAGGUGAAGAUGCGUAGCGCUCCAGAACACCUGGAGGUCCAGUAUUCAGUCGGCCUCAUCAUGAAACACAAGAGGUCGGGUUAUAACUGUGUGAUCUACGGCUGGGACCCCAAAUGCACCAUGAGCCAGGAGUGGAUCACCACCAUGAGGGUCCACCAGCUGUCUAAUGGGGCCAACCAGCCCUUCUACAACGUCCUCGUACAGGAUGGAACAUGCCGCUACGCAGCACAGGAAAACCUGGAGCCCCACUCGGCCCCCCUGGAGAUCGGCCACCCGGAGGUGGGCCGCUACUUCUCUGAGUUCGCUGACACCCACUAUGUCGCCAACGAAGAACUGCAGACACGAUACCCGGAGGACACGAAUGAGACCCUGGGCACAGUGCAGGAGCUCUAUCAUAGACUGACACCGGGCUCUGGGGACCAAGGGCAGGCUCCUGCCUCAGACCAAAACAACCACCGGGCCAGGCCCAUGUAGCAAAGUAGCACUGUCCAGCAUCCUGCUGACCCAGGCUAACUGAUUACUGGUCACCCAUUCUCAAUUUACAAUCCACUCGGCUGUUGCUUUGCCGCACUGUUUCACAUACUCACCAACAGGACACGUUGGUGAGUAUGUCAGAUCGCCAGUAUACACUCUGUUCAGAAACUGAUAAUUUGGUGUAAUAGCAAACAAUUCCCAAAUGUGGUUUUGCACCACAGUCAGGCUCCUGUGCAGGUCUUGAAAGAUUUAUUUUAGCAUUUCCACAUCUGGAAAAGUUGUGGGAAAAAAUACCAGAAAGUAUUGAAACAUGCAGCAGAGAUUGUUAGUGUUGCUGCUUCGAUACACGUCCCAAAAUAUCACAGUGUAUUUGUUGUGAAAACAAAGCCAACGCUGGAGCGAUAUGGCCUGGAUGACGGUCAUCGUCGGGAUGCAUUUCUCCCAACCUAAAGACAUCGUAAUCUUCAAAUCCGGUCACGAAGUUGAGUUUGGAAAAAUGUUGUGCAAGUCGACACCUCGAAGUAAAAAAAGAACAUAAGCUUGAAGUAAAUGAUUAAGUCAACAAGUAAAUUUAGAAUGGGCAUCCAAGUGCUGUGAGUCUCCCUUUUCCUUAAAACCAAGGAAUGCUCCUUUUUAC